AUGGUGGAGGCACCAAGCACUGAAGAGCGGUGCGGGAUCGAGGGAUUCCCUGAGCAAGGUCUCCGGCGGGCACUUUAUGCAUCCAGGAUCACAGAGUCCUUGGCCCCGAGGAAGCAGACUGCCACCGAGGUGGGCCUGCAGCGAAAAGCACGCAUUCCGGGGCAUUUCUCAGACGCGCGCCCGACCCCGGCCUUGUAUGACAAGGCUUACGACAUGGCCAGCCGCGGGUUUGCCGAGAUCGAGCCCGUCUUGAGACGUGCAUGUAGUGGACAGUCGCAUGAUGCGAUGCACGGUGGGGAGGACGAAGAGGUCAUCAUCCCGCCUCUGCUCUUGCGCGUGAGGGUUGCCAAGUCUGUUCGAGAUUACGAAGCCAUGCGAGAUGCAGACUCUCCACCUCCUGAGGCUCUUGUGAACGGUGUUCGCAGCCUUCGAAGCCUUGGGCAAAUGAAGGAAGAGGUUCACAGACUCAAGAAGAAGCAACAAAAGGAAGAGAGUGAUGCUGCUGCAAGGAUCCAAGCGAGGUAUCGCGGACGCCAAGCCAACAAGCAGGUGCAGGAGAUGCGCGAACAGAAGCAGGCCAUUCAAUCUCGAUAUCGUCACAGGGUUGCCGAGCGCCGCCAGAAGGAGCAAGAAGCAGCCUCUGCCACAAAGAUUCAGGCCAGAUUCAGGCAGAAGCAGGCAGCCAGCGAAGUGGAGGGCAUGCGUCAGCAGAAACACGCACAGGCGUGCUCUAACAGGGAGCAAAGCCGAAGGCAAAGGUUGGAUGAGUUCCGGCAGUGGAUCUCUGUCAAGGUUGACGUUGUCCUUGAAGCCAACGGUCGGGCUGUUGUGAACGUGCAGCUCGCGCCCAAAGACGGCCUGCCUGGCACAUCCGACACUGAAAUCGACAUCCCCAUGAACGACGAGACGGCCCAAGCCGCAACCAAAAUCCAAGCCAAGUUCAG